AUGAAAGGACAGAUACUGGCAGCUUUUCUGGCUGAAGUCCCAAAGGACGAGGAAAAUGAACUCCUGAAAUGGGAAGCCCUGGAGAAGGAGGAGAAGGAAAAAGAGGAUGAAGCGGUAUGGAGACUGCUCACAGAUGGAGCCUCAAGCGAGGAGGGAAGUGGAGCAUGGAUCACGUCGAUCAGCCCCGAGGGAGUCAAAUUAACGUAUGCCAUCAGACUAGACUUUGAGAACACCAAUAACACGGCGGAAUACGAAGCCCUUUUGGCAGGAUUAAGGUUGGCAAAGAAGGUGAAAGUGAAGCACGUAGAAGCCAAUACAGACUCACAAUUGGUAGUCAAACGGUUCCACGGGGAGUACGAGGCGAAGGAUAGCACGAUGGCCCAGUACGUGGGCAGAGUGAAAGAGAUGACCAAGGCCUUCAAGACCUUCAAGCUAGAGUAUAUCCCCCGAGGGAGAAACAGAAAGUCCGAUGCUCUUAGCAAGUUAGCCUCCGUAGCCUUCGAUCACCUGGCAAGGGAAGUCAAGGUGGAGGUCUUAACCUCCCCUUCCAUCAUAACGGAAGAAGUGGCUACGAUUGAAAACACCCAAGAAACUUGGAUGACACCAAUUGUAAAAUUCCUCAAGGACGGAGUACUACCUGAGGGUGACUGGGCAGCCCGGAAGAUAAGAGUCAAAGCUUUACAGUAUGAAUUGAUUGAUGGGGAACUUUAUCGAAUGUCAUACUUAGGACCAUCGUUGAAGUGUGUCGAUAAUGAAGAAGCCAGGUAUGUGGUAAGAGAAAUACACGAAGGUAUUUGUGGCAUGCAUUUUGGGCCAAGGACAGUAGUGGCAAAAGCAAUGAAUGUGGGAUUUUAUUGGCCCAUAAUGUAUGAGACAGCUUUGGAAGAAAUCAAGAAAUGUGACAAUUGCCAAGUCCAUGCACCCAUGACACACCGCCACAAGCACCCAAUGAUACCCGUGUCGACGUCUUGGCCGUUACAGAAGUGGGCCAUUGACAUUAUCGGGCCAUUUCCGGAGGGCCCAGGAGGAGUUAAAUACGUGGUGGUCGCUAUUGACUAUUUCACCAAAUGGGUUGAGGCAAGGCCCCUGGCAAAGAUUACGGGAGAACAAAUGAAGCGAUUUGUGCUGGACAACAUCAUAUGCAGGUAUGGGUUGCCAAUGGAGUUAGUAAGUGACAAUGGAGUCCAAUUCGCAGGGAAGCCCUUUAAGCCAUGGUGUGAGUAG